AUGUCACGUAAUAGAUUGGAUGCUGGGGGUGGGGACAGGGGGUGUGGUGGGAAUAAGGCUGUCGGGACGGGUGUCAGGAUUAUGGAGGUUGUGGCCGGGAAUCCACGAGUCAGGCGUCUAAAAGGCGGAAGAGUCCCGAAAAAGAGCAAGACAAGACUAUUCCAGUAUAACUACCCCCACAUCAAACAAAACCCCAGAACUACCCCCACAUCAAACAAAACCCCAGAACUACCCCCACUUAAACAAAACCCCAGAACUACCCCCACAUCAAACAAAACCCCAGAACUACCCACACUUAAACAAAACCCCAGAACUACCCCCACAUCAAACAAAACCCCAAAACUACCCCCACAUCAAACAAGACCCCAGAACUACCCCCACAUCAAACAAAACCCCAGAACUACCCCCACAUCAAACAAAACCCCAGAACUACCCCCACAUCAAACAAAACCCCAGAACUACCCACCACAUCAAACAAAACCCCAGAACUACCCCCACAUCAAACAAAACCCCAGAACUACCCCCACAUCAAACAAAACCCCAGAACUACCCCCCACACCAAACAAAACCCCAGAACUACCCCCCACAUCAAACAAAACCCCAGAACUACCCCCAUAUCAAACAAAACCCCAGAACUACCCCCACAUCAAACAAAACCCCAAAUCUACCCCCACAUCAAACAAACACCAGAACUACCCACACAUAAAACAAAACCACAGAACUACCCCCACAUCAAACAAAACCCCAGAACUACCCCCACUUAAACAAAACCCCAGAACUACCCCCACAUCAAACAAACACCAGAACUACCCACACAUCAAACAAACACCAGCACUAACCCCACAUCAAACAAAACCCUAG